AUGGAAAGACCUGUCUUAGAAUACGCAGAUGUGGUAUGGGAUAACUGCUCUCAGGAAAAUACAGAAUUGUUAGAAAAGGUUCAAGUAGAAGCUGCAAGAAUUAUUACUGGUCUAAGACCAAGGAACUUAAAGAAGGGGCUGUGCAGUCGUCCUAAAUACAUUCCAGUUUCCUUGCGUUAUGACCACCAGGGAUUGCAGUAUGAUGAGCAAUGUUUUGACCUGGAGGAAUAUUAUCAUUACAGGGCAGAGGAAGCACUUAUCAAAUCUAGCAUUAAAGGUGUUGUAUCCAAUCUGUGUAUUCCCUGCAAAGUAUUUGACAUUGGAUGUGGAAAUACUAAAAAAGCACAAAUGUUAUUGAAUGAACUAUUACAGUAUCAAAAUACAGUAGAAUACGCACCCAUUGACGUUUCCAAAGAUUUUCUAAAUGAAGUUUGUGAUGUCCUUUACCAAAUUUAUGGAGAUAGCCUCAGUGUCGAUCCGAUGUCAGACGAUCUGUUCCAGGCAUUGUCCAAGAUUGGGAACUAUAGAGGUCGGAAAGCUCUUUUAUGGAUAAGCGGACUGCAGAUGUUUCCCAACGAUACUCAACUUAAAAUGUUGUCCAACAUUUCCUCCACUCUGGAAGGAAAUGAAGUCUUUUUGAUAACAGCUGAUAUCACACAAAAUAAAGAAGUCAUUGAGAAGGCAUACCUGAAUUUGGAUGUUUCAGAUAAGCUGGGAAUAACGAUGACAUUGGAAGAAGGCGAAAAAUUGAUACUUCAUGGGGGAAGUGGAAUGAGUCACAAAUACACAAGUAAUCAACUGGAAUAUCUGUUUGCCAAAGCACAUUUACGUAUUCUAAAUAAAUGGGAAAAUGAAAACUCUGCCCUGUUCCUCUGUAAACGCGAAAUGUGAUACAUACGCUUAGUUAAAUAUGUCUUGUCCAUUAAUCAUUCAGAAAUAAAAAUA